UGGUGUUCAUUUUCCUGUUAUUUCUGUUUUGUGGCAUGCCUUUCACUACAUGAGAAGUGGUGUUCUGACUGUCUAAUUUCUUUCUUUGCAAAUUUGUUAUGGUGAUGUUAUUGUUGUGGGGGAUGACGCAACAGAUCCUCUAGUAUUGUGCAUGAAUGGCUUGAAACCUAAGUGGAUAUGAUGUGUUUGAUACAUUGACAUCCAUAAAUGUAAGAGCAAGAGAAUCUCUUAGACAUCCAUAAUACUGCAUCGUUGUCGGCUACCAUGGGGAUAUGGAGACCAAAGCACACUUGAUGCUGCAUUGAUUUAAAAUUUUUUUAUGUAACCACCUCAGAGUUUACAAUAUUUCAUAUCCUGGUAUGCAUGCUUGUGUUUUAUCUAAUUUAAUUCUUCUGCUAGGCUUAUACCAUGGAAUUGGAGGCUGAACUUGCAAAACAUAAAGAGGAGAACAAUGAAUUACAGAAGAAACAGUUAUACAGAUUCUGGAAGGAGCAAUGAAUUAGAUCAUUCGUCACAUCUUUUGACUGUUGCCACCCGAGAUGUGUUUGGCGAGCUUGAUCGCAAUGUCAAGCCUAUUGCCCCAAUGCACUUUUGGAUGAUCUUACGUAAGAAGUAUCCCCAAUUUUCCCAGCAGCACAAUGGUUUCUUCAUGCAACAGGAUGCAGAAGAAUGUUGGACCCAACUUAUGUAUACACUUUCUCAAUCUCUAAAAUCGCCAGACUCAAGGUAUUUUACUCAGCACCAGAUAGUGUAGAAGUGAUGGCUACAUGCAUCCACAUUCUAUUCACAUUUCUUUUUCUUUUUUUUUAAAGCACCUAUAUGCAUUUAGUUGUGGGAAUUAAAUUGAUCAGGAAUCUAUCAUCUAAAAGCCAGCCCCAAACUGCUGGGAGAAAGGCUUCCACCCAUCUUUCUUUUGUUUAGGAGCCUUAAUAUGUAUUCGUGGAUACCUUGGAAUAAUCACAUGACAUUGUUUAGGAAUAGAGCUUGUUCCUGAUAAAGCCAUUGACUUGAUUUGUCCAUGUCUGGAACAUUUCUGCUUGCUGAUCUUUGGCAGUAUUUAU